AUGUGUGGCCUUAAUUUAGUCAUUCUGUUUGUCAUAAAAUAAGCAUUAAUGCUCAUGCAUUCAAGUGGCCAGUAAUCCUCCCCAAAAUGUAGAUGAUGUCACACAACUUCUCCUCCCUUUUCAACAGCAAACAGGAAAUUCUUACCACAUGGUGAGUGGUGCCUUGUGGAUACAAAGUAGGCCUGUAAAUGAAAAGUGUCUCCAUUCUUGGCAAGAAUUAUCUUAUUCAGAGCAUGCUGUCUGUGUCAGCUUUUGAAUAAAGGCAGCGGACAUAGAAAGAAGAGAAACCUUAAAUAAAACCCGUCUCCAUCACAUUAGUCCUGCUGCUCAUGAUUGACUCUAGAUUUAGUCAGCUGCACCAGCAGACACACCUUUAGUCACAUUUUAAACAGAUGAUGGAAGAAGAUUUAGGAAAGUUUGGAACACUCCCUUAUACUAAAAAAAAGGUUGUAAUUAAUGCAGGACAUUUAUUAUUACAGCAACAACUAUUAUACAUCUAUCUGUAUUUCCAAACAAUCUUUAUAACAAUAAAACAUUUACACUUGCAAAAUUGGUGUUUAUUACUAUUCUAAAGAAAUGGUUCUGCUGUUAACUAACUGGGCUUCUUUGUACAAGAGAAGUCUUUUCUCUUGUUAAGGAACUGGGCGGGUGGAGGGGUUGCCCUUGUUCCUUCACCAUCUAUAGCAGCAGGCAAACCCCAACUUUACUGAUGGAUAAACUGUUUGUUAAGUUUGUUGUCUCAGCGGUGCUCUUUCUGUUUGGAAUUGUGUCUAUUCUACUCCUGACUGUAUCCAUACAUGAAAUGAAGGAGCCACCACAGUACAUGUAUGGGGUUGUGAUGGACGCUGGGUCCUCACACACUGCUUUAUUCAUCUACAGAUGGCCGGCAGACAAAUUAAAUGGCACAGGCGUGGUCACCCAGCACAGCGAGUGUCAUGUCAAAGGAGGAGGAAUCUCUAGUUAUGCAGGGCAGCGGGGCGCAGCGGCCCGUAGCCUUGAGGGGUGCUUGAAGCAGGCCAUGCACGACAUUCCCCCAGACAGACAUCAUCGCACCCCUGUGUAUCUGGGAGCUACUGCUGGCAUGAGACUUCUGAAAAUUACCAAUCCUGACAAAGCAUCUCAGAUUCUCCAAGAAGUCAAACAAAAAAUCAAAUCCUUUCCUUUCAACUUUCGAGGAGCAGUAAUUCUGAGCGGUCAGGAAGAGGGUGUUUACGGUUGGGUCACUGUCAACUACCUUCUUGAAAACUUCAUAAAAUAUGGCUAUGUGGGCCGAUGGCUUAACUCUGGCAGAAAAACUGUCGGAGCGCUGGAUUUAGGGGGGGCAUCCACACAGAUCACCUUUGAGACCCCAGAGACGGUUGAGAACAAGUUGAACAGCAUGACUAUGCAUCUCUAUGGUCAGGAUUAUUCCCUAUACACGCAUAGUUACCUGUGUUACGGUAAAGAAGAGGCUCUGCGCCAGAUCCUGGCCUACCUGGUUGAAUCGCAGGGUAAUACUAGCAAAGUGUAUCAUCCCUGCUACCCAUCUGACUUCACUGAUGUCUUCAAGCUGGAACAAGUGUUUGACUCUCCUUGUACAGUGUCUAAGAGACCCAAACCUUACAAUCCUCAUUCCUGGAUCAGGGUGCAAGGCUCUGGGGACUACCAAAGCUGCCUUGGCAACACUUCUAAUAUAUUUUCCUUCCAGUUCUGCCCCUUUUCUCAGUGUUCCUUUAAUGGAGUUUUCCAGCCCAACAUCAGCGGGAGCUUCAUGGCCUUCUCUGCAUAUUUCUUCACUCACAGUUAUCUCCAGCUGAGUACAGGGAUAAACAUCAGAACCUCUGCUCAGUUAGAGGAGGCUACCCAAACUGUGUGCAAUAUGACCAUAGAAGAGAUGACCAAGAAAGCUCCUGACUUGAAAAAAUACCUGAAGGAUUACUGUGCCAUCGCAGUGUAUAUACAAGUGCUAAUGCUAAGGGGUUAUAACUUUGAUGAGAGUUCUUUCCAAAAUGUUGCUUUUCAGAAAAAGGCAGGUGAGGUGUCUGUGGGCUGGGCUCUAGGUUAUAUUCUUAGUGUGAGCAGUCUUCUUCCAGAGGAACCUGCGGGCAUCAGGAAGGGCUUGUGUCCUGCAGCAUGGAUUGGCUUGUUGAUUCUCCUAACCGUCCUCCUCACUGUCACCGUCUGUUACAUGGCUCUCCUGAUUCGAAGGAAAAGGAAGGAUGAAGGUGUCUCAUAGCUCACUGCUAUGCCUACAGUUGUGUUUGGACAGACUAAACAAAACUUAAAUGCAUUCAUACUGUACUGUCUGUGUUAAUAUUGCAUCUAAUGUAAAAAAAUUUUUUUUUUUCAUCAAAACUUGUUAGGAAAUUAAAUUGAGGCACAAAAUGAAUAACACUACAUAAUAUUAUAUAUGGUAGCCCAUACUAUGGUGUAUCUGAUACCAUCACUGUUGUAUCUCAGCAAUGUUACUGUUUUAACAGAUUACAGCAAAGUUGUCUUUGUUUAUCUUGUGUGAUACACUAAUCGACUUUAUUAGAAGAAAUAUAUGUCUUUUUGAGGACUGGCGAUGAUAUCUGAUCAGUGAUCCAGAACUCUCUUUGGCCAGUUCACAUUUGUCUUCAGUUAAUGUAGCCUACACUAAGACAUUCACAGCAUUUCAAAUAUUUCUCAGACUGAAGGAAUAAAACUGUAAUGUUAAAAAUUUA